AUGGCAACCGUCACCGUCACCCAUCGUGCCACAGGGUCUGAGCUCUGUUGUCUGGCAGAGGCCACAGCCGAAGAUCUAGUCCAAGGCCUGGCCGAGAAUCGCUUUAGCAGCGUCGAUCUGGUCCAUGCCUACGUCGACAGGAUCGGCCAAGUCAAUGCGGCCCUUCGCGUUGUCAUGGAGAUCAACCCAGACGCCUGGCUCAUCGCAGCAAGCCUUGACGUGGAGCGGGCUCGAGGACGUCUGCGGGGGCCUUUGCAUGGCAUUCCAGUCCUGCUCAAGGGAAACAUCGGCACACGGGACCGCAUGCAGACGGACGCCGGCUCGUGGGCGCUGCGCGACGCGACCCCCUCUGCCGACUCGACCGUCGCCGCCAAGCUCAGAGCCGCCGGCCUCAUCAUCCUGGGCAAAACGAGCCUCACCGAGUGGUCCAUGUUCCGUGCCAGCAACUCAUCACACGGUUGGAAUGCUGUUUCCGGCCAGGCCUAUGGCGCCUACUGUCCAAGACAGUGCCCCGGAGGAAGCUCCGGCGGCAGUGCAGUGGCGGCUGACCUUGGCCUUGCGUGGGCUACGCUGGGAACGGAGACUUCAGGAAGCAUAGUCAACCCGUGCAGCCGCAACAACGUCGUCGGAAUCAAACCGACUGUUGGGCUUACAUCUCGGCGCUUGGUCGUUCCCGUGAGCGAGCAUCAAGACACGGUUGGGCCGAUUGCUCGGAGUGUCAAAGAUGCAGCCAGGCUGUUGCAAACCAUCGUAGGCAAGGAUCCCCAUGAUGACUACACCUCCGCAUCCCCGUAUCCAGGUAACCCCCCGGAUUAUGUGGCAGCAUGCAAGCCGCACGGGCUUCAAGGGAAACGCAUUGGCAUUCCCCGGAACGUAAUCGACCAGUCCUCUGAUCAGCUCUCUCAUGUCAUGGAUGCAUUUGACAAAGCCAUUGCGGUGAUCCAGGAAGGCGGGGCUGUUGUCGUCGACCGCGCCGACUUCACGGCCUUCAGUCGCGUCAUGGCACGAGAAUACAACCCCGUCACCCGCGCUGACUUUGCCGUCAACCUGCCGCAGUACCUCGUCCAACUGGAGCACAAUCCACAGGGAAUCCACUCUCUGGAACAUCUCCGUCGCUUUACGCGGGCUUGCCCGCAGGAGGAGUUCCCCAUUCGCGAUACUCGCAACUGGGACACGGCGCUGGAGCGCCCAAUAAGCAACAGUUCGGCCGAGUUCGACGCAAUGUACGCCGAGAACCUUUACCUCGGCGGCCCGGGAGGGGUCGAGGGAGCCUUGCAGCGUCACCAGCUCGACGCCCUGGUCUUGCCCGCCGAAGUGUCCUUCAACGUCGCAGCGCUGGUUGGCACGCCCAUCGUCAGCGUCCCGCUGGGGGCCGCGCCGGACGACGUGCCUGUGAAGCGUCAGCCAGGCUGGGAUGAGGUUGAGCUGGCGCCGGGGAUCCCCUUCGGCAUCAGCUUUCUCGGGUCGAAAUUGAGCGAGGAGAACCUAAUAGAAAUCGCUUAUGCGUUUGAACAGAUGACGCGUGUGCGGGGGACACUGGUGCACCACGUAGCGCCGCAGACGGAUUUACGAGGCUGA